AUGGCUGUGAGUAUCAUGGAUAACAUUGAUAAUUUAUCAUAUCAACAAAUGAAAGAUAAGAAAGUCGAAAAGAACAAGAUCACGCGUAUUUUGGAGUUGUUCAAUACAAAACCGGACAGACUUGAAUCUUCCAGAGAGUAUUUCGAUAGACUGAAAGGGUAUGGUUCGGGGCUCAAUCCUGAAUUUUUGUCGGUGCAAUUUAUUUUGAAUUGUUGUAAUGAAAAGCUAAAAACUAGGUUGAUAGAAGAAAAUACUACAGAGAUUAAUAUUAUAGAGGACAUUGUUGUCAAAUUUCAAUCGUUGGAAAUUAAUAAUAAUAAAACAUAUUUAGAGAAAGAUUCUUGGAGAAGAGAGGAUAGAACCGAUUGGCAAGGCUAUUCGUCUUGGAAAGAGAACAAGCAGACUUUCAAGGCUAACAAUAACAACAACAACUACAACAAUAACAACAACAACAACAACAAUUUCAAAAAACAAGAAAUUAUACAAACGCCAUAUAAUUUGAGGCCAAGGAAUAAGAUAAAUUUUAUUAAUGAUUUUAUGAUUAAUAUGCAACUUAAUAAUCUUAAUUUUUCUUUUUUGCUAGAUACGGGUUCUCCGGUGUAA